AUGCAAAACGCUGUCUCGGCGGCUAGACUUUUGAUAAACAGGAUUAACUCACUGGACCCCAGUUCUCAAAUGGUUUUUUCUCUUCCUUGCACCAACGCUCGCUUGUGUGGACACGAGAAUGAUGAAGGGGACCAAAACUUAGAGACAAUAUCCGUCUCCGCAGAAAUCAUUGAGGAGGUGGAUGUCAGUUGUAAUUCAGAGCGUAUUGUCCUCAGCAUUUCGACUUCGGAGUUCCUGUGCGAUUUCAUUAGGUGGGAAGAUAGCCAGCGCAGAGGCAGCGUACUUGAGCUUGAGCUCAAUCCACCUGAUGUCGCCAGCGGAUUGCCUGAACAAUCGGUUUUCUCUGCCCUUCAAAAUUCGGAGAUUCGAUGCAGUCAAUCCAAGCAGCAACUCCUACAUCUUCUAGAAGGCCUAAAGGCUUAUGCUGAGAACAUGAUUUCAUCAUCGCUGUCACAAUCGGUCAGCCAACGCGAGCUUAAAACAGCACCCCGAUGUGGUGAAGUAAGCGUCGAUGAGCCAAACAGCAGUUUUUUCAGCUGCAAGUCUCCGCUUUUCAUAGAGAUUGACCAGUGCGACGAGAAUCGGCCGAAGUCAUUUUUUCGGGAUCCUGAUGUAUCCUUUGAGGAGUCUGCAGAAGGACUCGGUUUAAAGUGCCCCACCCCUGAAAAGGAUUUUAAAUCUAAUCGUCGGUUAGAUAAAAGGCAGACGGCAAGAACACCACUCAGUGUUAAUAUCGGAUCAAAUGGACCCCUCAGGUCCGAGUCGAAAAACUUGGAGUCUGUCCACUCUGCGUGCUCGCCUUUUCCCGUGACUAGUGGGCACGAAACUCACUCGCCAUCGAAGCCUACACUUGAAGAUCAAACUUUGAACCCUGCUGCCAACGAUGACGGGGCGGUAGCACCUGCAGAGUUCGUCAAGGCUUCUCAAAACCAUUAUGAUAAUGCCAACACGCUGGAGGACGUCAACCACCCCUCAACUACAGCCGGCAAUAAUUCUACUGUUGAACUUGAUGAGCGGGAAGAGGUUAAGGAUCCUGAUGAUGACCCUUACGUCAGCACUCAACCUCAGUCACCAAUCAACAACAAACCAAGGAGAGAUCUUCGUAAGAACUACGACGUGAAAUCGAACGUUGAACCAGCUCAAGUGCCAAUCAAGAAUCAGCAAACCAUGGAAAACGUUAGCAACACCGACGAAACCAGUAACGCAGGUAAAGAUCCCCAUGGCACUCUGCAGAUGUUUGCCAAGUUUGUUGAGGAAAACUCCCUGAACCUAAAGCGAAGAAACCAACGGUCACCGUCGCCCCGAGCUGACGAUUUGAUUGAAGAUUUUAUCACCGUAUUAGGGGAAGAGGCUAGGAAGCCAUUGCCAGGACGAAGGAAUAAACGAAAGAGAAAAGAAGUACCAAAUUCACCACGGACUUUCACUGUUGAUAUUGAUGACACAGUACCAUUGGCUGGGAAUAUCGAAGGCAUUGUGCGUGUCGAGACGUCGAAGACGGAAACGCACUCGCAACAACAGGAGGGUGAUUUGUUACUUGUUCCAUCUUCUCAGUCAUUGAUGUCGCCUCUAUCGCCCAUACAUCCCUCACAGGAAGACAUCUUAGGCCCUGAUUCAUCCAGUGGCCGUGAAUCCCAAUCGACCCAGCAGCAAUCGCCCGUGGAUAAGCUCGCUAACGCACCUGCUCUACCACCGUCGGAAGCAAUCGCACCAACGUGCUUGCUGGAAGGGUCGCCAGAACGUGCCAGAGGAACGGCCGUUCCCUCAGCAGAAGCUUGCCUCUUAUCAGAAAAGCGAAUGGAAGCACUGUCUGCUCACAUCGAGCUCAUUCAAGGAGGCAAUCGUGGUUCUGUCGACAUUGAUGAAGAGCCCCUACCGAAGCUCUUGAAAAAACGUUCUCCACUUAUCGUGUCUCCAGACCCCAGUGAGCACUUAGUACGCCCGUCACCUGUGGCUUCUGUCGAUUUAGACGUCUCUGGAGUAACACCUUUGCACCGGAUAUCGCAACAGAAACACACCAGUCCUCCAAAACCCCCUAAAGAUAUACCGCUAGAUGAAGACAAACAGAAAUCUUCAGAGGUCCUGGCAAAUUUCAAGACUCCAAAACGGCCUCCCUCUAGACGAUCAGCGGCUAGGACUGCAAAGGUGAGUUCUGUUGACGGUCCAAGUACUCAAACCCGAAAUCGUCGAAGUCGAGUCUCCUUGUCACCAAGCUCCAGCAAUAGCUCUUUCUCUUCUGCCAAUGAUGAUACAACUCUGGGCAUUUCUCGUGCUGUCGAUCAGUCAGCCCCUUCCCCCAUGUCCACUUCCCCCUUCCAGCGUUUGGAGGCAGUUGUGAACGCAAUCGAAGAGCAAGAGCAGAAAUGCUCCUCCGAUGAUCAAUGCAGUAGCCAGGGCAGUAAAAUAGCUGCUAGCUUUCUAAAGCCAUUGGGUCUUUCAAAACGGCUUUGUAAUACAGCAGCCACGUAUCUUGUGGAUGCGUCUCCCUGCCCUGAGUCUGCAAGAAUCCUCUCUCUGGAAGAGAAGCCUGCUCCAGGAGGCCUCAUUGUACCUGCCUUAGGAAACAAAUAUUUCAGCAUUACAGCUAAGUCGAAAACUCGGCAAUCCGACAAAUUUGCUGACAGUGACAGUACCGAUCAAUUGAAAAGUCUGAAUAAAAAGCCCAAAAGAACCUCUACCAAGUCGUCCACUACUCGCAAACGAUUCUUUUCAUCCUCUUUUGCUGAUCGGAAUCAGCGCGAGGCAGAAGAGAGGUUCUUCGAAGUGGUUCAUAAGAAGGAAAACAAAUCCAGGAAGAAAACAUCUACAGCGAAAUCGAGUAGAUGCAGGAGGAGACAACCGAAAGCGACUACGGCGAAAUCCGAGAAACAGGACGAGGACACGAGUACUCACCAACUCUCCUGUCAAGACGAUGGCAGUGAAUCCUCGCCUAGUUUUCCAGUGCCGCAGUCCCUGAGGCAGAACCCCCUCGAAAGUGACGACUCGGGCUGUCGCCUUCAGUCUCGACCUGCUAUUCGUCGGGCAGCGGCCAUUGCUCGAAGUCGGAUUGUGGAAACCAACAGGGCGGAGGAAUUUAUUGACCUCCUAAGUCCGUGUUCUCCGUCCAAUUUUCCUACCGUCAAAGAGCGUAAAAAUAUGAAAGUCGACCAGUCUCCCCCAUCGGUCUCGAGGCUCACAAAAACCGAAGCUUCCGUUACCUCAGAACCUAUUGACAGUUCUCUUGACACGAGUCGGCGUUCUACAUUGGGCUUAUUUGCUCCUACCCCUAACACGAGUGGUAUCUACGAUUUCACACUAUCCGAGGAUGAUGAGCUGGCCAAGGGACUUCCCCGUAGGAGGCAAACUAAAUACCGUCGUCUGUUGCCUCGACCGCCCGUUCCUGUCAAGAAUGAAUCGACUGGGUUUCAGUCUCUAGCAGUUGCAGAGCAACCGACUGUAUCUAAAGGCUUCCUUGCCGAUUUAAAUCAGUGCAUUUCCCUCUUCUUCUCUACGCUCAAAUUAACUGAAUCCGAGUUUUCAAAGCGCCUUGAACAAUUACGAAAUCAGGUUGAGCAAAUGCAGCGUCUUGUCAGCUGGUCGCAGCGUCGACACUCAGGCGAUACGCCCCAUGCUCACUGA